GACUAUUUCAAAUGCAUUACAAGUUUCUGCUUUGAUGCCUCCGUGGCGAUUGUAUUUUACCUACGUCUCCAUAACGAUUGGAAGUUCUUUCAUAUUUGGAUAUCAUACAGGAGUUAUAAAUGCACCACUGUCACUCAUUCAAAACUUCACACAGGCUGUCAUCAAUGAAAGACAAUAUACAUGUAAUUCUUCAUGUGUGAGAGUGAUUAUGUCGAUAUGUGUCACAGGAUUCGUUAUCGGUGGAUUGUUUGGGGGAUUGUCAGGGGGAUAUUUGGCUAACAGAUUUGGGCGACGGAAAGCUUUGUUUAUUCUUUCCAUCCCAACAAUCUUGGGAUCUGUACUCAUCAUGGUUUCAGAGAGCUUGAGGUCAUUUGAAACCGUUAUAUUCGGCAGAUUUAUAGUAGGCUUAUCUGCAGGUGCUUAUACAGUCGUGACACCCACAUACCUGUCAGAGAUCGCUCCAUUAAAGUCUCGUGGUGCGGCAGGAAUUACAAACCAAUUUGUCACUGUGCUCGCUAUUCUUUUGUCCCAGAUCCUUGGUUUGUCGCAAAUAAUGGGAAAUGAUAAAUUAUGGCCAUUUUUGUUGGGUCUCUGUGCUCCUGUUUGCUUUUUGCAUGUGAUGCUUAUGGUGUUUUGUCCUGAAAGUCCUAGCUACUUGUAUUUAAUAAAAGGUGACAAAGCUGCUGCAAAACAUGCUCUUCUUUUACUUAGGGGUCAGGACUAUGAUGUCAAUUUAGAGCUUGAAUCAUUUCAACGAGAUCCAGAAUAUAGCAGUCAAAGCCAUUUUGGAAUGGUUGAUUUAUUUCGAAUUCCACAUCUUAGAUGGGGUUUAUUUGUUGCCCUUAUUCCACAUUUUGGGCAGCAGCUCUCUGGAAUUAAUGGUGUUUUAUACUACUCUGUUCCAUUGUUUGAAAGUGUUGGUCUGACCAAUAAAGAAGCCAGUUUUGUUAGUCUUGGAGUUGGAGCAAUUAUUGUGUUAGGUACAAUUGUAUCAGUAUGUGUUAUUGAUAGAGGAGGUAGACGCAUGUUAUUACUGGUUGGAUUUGCAAUAUGCUUAGUCAGUUUAAUUACAUUUACAACAGUUUUGGCAGUUCAAAAGUUUACUCAUACUUCUUGGUUAACAUACAUUUCCAUUCUUGUAUUAUAUUUAUUCGUCUCGGGAUUUUCAUUUGGCCCAGGCUCUGUUCCUUGGUUUCUCGUAGCUGAACUAUUUACACAAGAAUAUAGAGAUGCUGCACAAAGUAUGGCAGUGGGUACCAAUUGGUUGUGUAACAUUGUUGUUGGACUAGUUUUUCCUCAACUAAUCGUGCUUAUGGAUAGUUUCGCUUUUGUACCAUUUAUUUGUGUACUUAUCAUUGUGAUUAUUUUAAUUGCUUUAUAUUUACCGGAAACUAAAGGUUUCAAUCCAGUUUAUAUUGAAUCCGUUUUCAAAGCUCAAUGUAAACAUUCAACACUUAUACCGCUAAAACGAUUUUGAUCACUGUUCAAAGUUACUACUGCAGUGUUGUAAUAAAUCAUCAGUGCACUACUACUUACUACUGUCUGUCAUUGGAUUAAAUUUGUCAAUGUUAUUUACGCUUGUCUGUCUGUUUGUUUCAAUAUAAAAAAAUCAAUAAAAUUAUCCCGUUGAUUCCUUUUGAUUCAUUUCAUCAUACAUUUGAUGCAUCAUGAGAAUAUGACUACAUUCAUCAAGAAAAAAAGAAAAAUUGAUCAUUGAACUAUAUUUAUUGAUGCUUUCUGUUUAUUCUGAUAAUAUUUAAUGUUCUGAAGUAUUUUGCAAUGAUUAUACUGUAAUGUAACUUGCGAACACAUUGAUAUUAAAAAAAUAUCUUGGUGAAAAU